UGGCGGGCGGAGGCUUUCACGCCGCGGCGCUGAAACCGACGCAGUCGCUGCUCGCAGUGCGUUACAUAAGACGGAGCGGCGCGUGCGUGCCUCACAUAUAGUGGAUAUACUUGUUUGUGUAGUUAUGGUUCACGUGUGCUGACGACAUGAUAUUAGGUACACUAGAGCGCGCGGCGCUGCUGCUGGUGCUGUGGUCCAGCGCUGGGCGGGCGGCGGCGUGGCGGUGGCCCGACUCGCAGGCAGAAGACAGCGUGCGCAUCGACGCCAAGGUGGGCUUCGUGGACGAGCCGACCAACAGGAGGAACAACCGCGACAACGUGCAAGCAGACGAGUUGUUCCAGCAGCCGAGCGACACGGCCGGCUUCUACAACCGGCCGCCGGGCGCCGGACGCUACCCGGCCCGGGGGGACGACCCGGACAUCCGGAUCAACGGACGACCGGCGUACAACGACGGCGGACACAGAAACGAGAAGUAUCAAGACGGCACGCUAGACUCGCUGCAGUACUGCAAGUGUGUCUCUACGCCGGACUGCGAGGUGCGCACAGACUAUGCGGUGAGUGUAUGCUAUAACUAACAAACGAGAAGUAUCAAGACGGCACGCUAGACUCGCUGCAGUACUGCAAGUGUGUCUCUACGCCGGACUGCGAGGUGCGCACAGACUAUGCGGUGAGUGUAUGCUAUAACUAACAAACGAGAAGUAUCAAGACGGCACGCUAGACUCGCUGCAGUACUGCAAGUGUGUCUCUACGCCGGACUGCGAGGUGCGCACAGACUAUGCGGUGAGUGUAUGCUAUAACUAACAAACGAGAAGUAUCAAGACGGCACGCUAGACUCGCUGCAGUACUGCAAGUGUGUCUCUACGCCGGACUGCGAGGUGCGCACAGACUAUGCGGUGAGUGUAUGCUAUAACUAACAAACGAGAAGUAUCAAGACGGCACGCUAGACUCGCUGCAGUACUGCAAGUGUGUCUCUACGCCGGACUGCGAGGUGCGCACAGACUAUGCGGUGAGUGUAUGCUAUAACUAACAAACGAGAAGUAUCAAGACGGCACGCUAGACUCGCUGCAGUACUGCAAGUGUGUCUCUACGCCGGACUGCGAGGUGCGCACAGACUAUGCGGUGAGUGUAUGCUAUAACUAACAAACGAGAAGUAUCAAGACGGCACGCUAGACUCGCUGCAGUACUGCAAGUGUGUCUCUACGCCGGACUGCGAGGUGCGCACAGACUAUGCGGUGAGUGUAUGCUAUAACUAACAAACGAGAAGUAUCAAGACGGCACGCUAGACUCGCUGCAGUACUGCAAGUGUGUCUCUACGCCGGACUGCGAGGUGCGCACAGACUAUGCGGUGAGUGUAUGCUAUAACUAACAAACGAGAAGUAUCAAGACGGCACGCUAGACUCGCUGCAGUACUGCAAGUGUGUCUCUACGCCGGACUGCGAGGUGCGCACAGACUAUGCGGUGAGUGUAUGCUAUAACUAACAAACGAGAAGUAUCAAGACGGCACGCUAGACUCGCUGCAGUACUGCAAGUGUGUCUCUACGCCGGACUGCGAGGUGCGCACAGACUAUGCGGUGAGUGUAUGCUAUAACUAACAAACGAGAAGUAUCAAGACGGCACGCUAGACUCGCUGCAGUACUGCAAGUGUGUCUCUACGCCGGACUGCGAGGUGCGCACAGACUAUGCGGUGAGUGUAUGCUAUAACUAACAAACGAGAAGUAUCAAGACGGCACGCUAGACUCGCUGCAGUACUGCAAGUGUGUCUCUACGCCGGACUGCGAGGUGCGCACAGACUAUGCG